AUGAGGUCUACAGCAUUUGACAGCCGUCAGCUUGUCAUGAGGUCUGCAGCAUGUGACAGCCUUCAGCCUGUCAUGAGGUCUACAGCAUUUGACAGCCCUCAGCCUGGCAUGAGAUCAACAGCAUUUGACAGCCCUCAGCCUGGCAUGAGGUCAACAGCAUUUGACAGCCCUCAGCCUGGCAUGAGGUCGAAUGGGAUUGGAUAUAAGUGUGUGGAAGAAAAGCUAAAAGUUUCUUGCCCCAUUUCCCCUUUUGAGCCCCAUCCCUCUGCUCCAAAGGACUGCAGCCCCAUCCCUCUGCUCCAAAGGACAGCAGCCCCAUCCCUCUGCUCCAAAGGACAGCAGCCCUAUCCCCCUGCUCCACUGCUCCAAAGGACAGCAGCCCCAGCCCUCUGCUCCAAAGGACAGCAGCCCUAUCCCCCUGCCCCACUGCUCCAAAGGACAGCAGCCCCAGCCCUCUGCUCCAAAGGACAGCAGCCCUAUCCCCCUGCCCCACUGCUCCAAAGGACAGCAGCCCCAUUCCUCUGCUCCAAAGGACAGCGGCCCCAUCCCUCUUCUCCAAAAGACAGCAGCCCCAUCCCUCUGCUCCCAAGGACAGCAGCCCCGUCCCUCUGCCCCAAAGGACAGCAGCCCCGUCCCUCUGCUCCAAAGGACAGCAGCCCUAUCCCUCUGCUCCACUGCUCCAAAGGACAGCAGCCCCAUCCCUCUGCUCCAAAGGACAGCAGCCCCAUCCCUCUGCUCCAAAGGACAGCAGCCCCGUCCCUCUGCUCCAAAGGACAGCAGCCCCAUCCCUCUGCUCCAAAGGGCAGCAGCCCCAUCCCUCCUUUAUACAGCAAUGAAAGCUCUGUAGGAAAGUCCGGGGCUGACGGCACUGACAGGGUGGCUGACGGCACUGACAGGGUGGCUGACUGCACUGACAGGGUGGCUGACUGCACUGACAGGGUGGCUGACGGCACUGACAGGGUGGCUGACGGCACUGACAGGGUGGCUGACGACACUGACAGGGUGGCUGACGACACUGACAGGGUGGCUGACGACACUGACAGGGUGGCUGACGAUGGGAGUGGUGAUGUACAAUGA